CUCCUUCUAAGCGCGCCCGCGCCCCCGCCAACGGUCGUGUCUGGUCACGAUCGUGGAUUCAGUUGUCGCAUUUCCACGGCGUCGUUUGGAAGCUCGCUCUCUCUUCUCUCUCUCUCUUCUCUGUGUCUCGCUCCUGUCGCUUGACUUCAGAGCUAGUUCUUGUUCGUGAAGAUCCCCGAUUGAUCCAGGUUCCCGCCAGUUGACGCAAUGGCUGGAGGUAAAGCAGGCAAAGACUCCGGCAAGGCUAAGGCCAAGGCCGUGUCCCGGUCAGCUCGGGCCGGUCUCCAAUUCCCCGUGGGACGUAUCCAUCGGCAUUUGAAGAACCGCACCACUUCCCACGGCCGAGUGGGUGCCACGGCGGCGGUCUACUCGGCCGCUAUUCUCGAGUACCUGACGGCUGAGGUGUUGGAGUUGGCGGGGAACGCCUCCAAGGAUUUGAAGGUGAAGCGUAUCACGCCCCGACAUUUGCAGUUGGCCAUCCGCGGUGACGAGGAGUUGGACACGCUGAUCAAGGCCACCAUCGCUGGAGGGGGUGUGAUUCCUCACAUUCACAAAUCCCUGAUCGGAAAGAAGGGGGAAGGCACCAAGAAGCAGUAAACCCCCCCCCCUGGUGUGACACCCUCUCUGCCUGACUGCCAUGUACAAAGUAUAUUGUAAGACUAUUUCUGCGGAAAUUAUACGAGUGGAACGACCGAAUUUGUUGAUGUCUGGAAGGAUCCGAGUGCUUCUGGAGAAUAUCGAGCUCGUGGGCUCGAGUUUCCUCAUCUCAUAAACGUGUAUGAUAGUGUGUAUGUCAUUUUUUGCCCCACCCCUUCUCCCCUCCCUUAACUAGCCGAACCAUUCCGCCCUAAACAUCCCGACCCCGUCUUGAUUAAUGAAUGUAUUACAAUUGAACACACCUGGAGAGUUCCAGAUCUUUCACAUUGAACCUGGGCCACUUGAGUGGCCGCGGGCAAUUCUCAUUCGUACGACCAUUUUUGUCCUAUCUACCGAUGACAACUAGGCCGAAAAUAUACCAACCCAUGCUUGGCCUCUCGUCCA